UCCUUUUGCUUGGCCGCUAAGGCACUCCAAAAUAUAACAUACGAUCUCAUCUUCUAGUGAACAUGUGGGUAUAUAUAUACACCAUUGUGUCGCAGCACUUCCUCAUUCACUUCCUUCGCGGCUCACUGGAACGCGUGUUUACAGAUUGACAAUUAAUCAGUGCUCACGAAUCUCCGUUUUUUCGCCUCAAUUUUUUCUUUCUUUUUUUGUUGGAGAUCGCGGAUCACCGGAACGCUUCAAGAAAUUUCUGCAGCUAUGGCUUUGGUUGUAAAGGUAAAGUAUGAGAAUACUUUGAGACGUUUCAAUGUCUAUGUAAGGGAAGAUGGUAAUCUAGACCUGUCACUGGAUGGUUUGAGAAACAAAGUCUGUGACCUUUUUCAGUUGAAUCCAAACAUGCAGUAUGUCAUUACAUAUGCAGAUGAAGACAACGAUAUCAUAACAAUGGCAGAUGACAAUGAUCUUCUUGAUGCUUUGCGUCAAGGGCUAAAUCCACUGCGUAUACAGGCAUCACCAACAAGCCAAAAUAACAGGAAUAUGGAAAGGCGUUCUCAGAGCAAUUCUUCAACCCCAAGAAGUUUGUCAAUUCCCAAUGAGCAUCCCUUUGCCUUAAAUACCAGGAGCAUUUGUUCAGAUGAGACCUUAAAAUUAUUACCAGAGUCUGUUCAAAAAGCAUUAAUCAAACUUGUGGAGGACUGUCCAGCAUUAACUUCAACUUCAGGGGUGCCAGAUUUCUUACAAGGUUUCGUCAAGGUGCUUGCUACUUAUCUCGAGCCUUUAAUGAAAAGCCAACAAGGUAUUUCUGCAGUCAAUGGCACUGGCACAAACAACAAUACAGCAUCCUUCAGGAAUGACACUGGCGAACAAGGCACCGGUAAUGUUCAGUCUGGUUCUGAUGACCGUGCUGGUCCUUCAGCCCCUCCAGUUGGAGACAUUCAUGAUUAUGUCACAAAGAGGAACAUGGGUGUUGCUGAGAAUACUCACAGGGUAUUUCAUAAAGGCAUACAGUGUGAUAGUUGUGGGAUGCACCCUAUAGUUGGUCCACGAUACAAAUCUACGGUGAAAGAUGACUAUGAUCUGUGCCAUGCCUGUUUCUGUGAAGGUGGCAAUGAAGAGGAGUACACAAGAAUUGAUCGUGCCUUAUACAGGCCUCCCCGUUAUUCAAGAGAACGUUAUAUUCAUGGAAGAAGUCCAUUUCAUAAGCUGCCUUUCUCACCACCUUUUAGCCGCACCAUGCCUUAUCCUUGUCCAGCGGCACCUUCUAUUGGGAAACUGGCUGGUAAAGUACCUGGAAAGCUUGACUGCCGUUUCGUUCAAGAUGUCACCAUCUUUGAUGGAACCCAGUUGGCUCCAGGGACACCGUUUACCAAAAUUUGGCGCCUCCGCAAUAACGGUACAGCAGCUUGGCCAAACCGUAUACAACUAGUCCGAGUUGGAGGAGAUGACUUGGGAGCUGGAAACUCAGUCAAUCUGGAGAUUCAGGAGCAAGGCUACCCCAUUGAUGAGGAGCUUGAUGCUGCAAUUGAUUUUGUUGCCCCUAUGCAACCGGGUCGCUAUAUUUCAUACUGGCGUUUGAUGGCACCUUCAGGACAAAAGUUUGGGCAGCGGGUGUGGGUUUUAAUUCAGGUAGAAACACAGAAAGCGGACAUUUUACCCCAUCUGAUGGAGUCUCUCUUGACUUUAAAAGAUGUUGACCAAAACAAUCCAUCUCAAGAGCAAACUGAAGAGAAUGAAGCUGGGGAUGGCGGUGUUUUUCAAGAUAACUAUGAAAAGCCAUUUACUGGGGACAAUAAAAUGAAUUUAGAUUCGCAAGGUGUUUUGCAUACUGAACUUGGACACUUUUCCAUGGUAGAGAAUCCAGAAGAACGUCUGCCACUUUAUCCAAAAGUCGUUGAUGAAACUAUGCAGGGAAUUAAUGAAUCAACAGAACUACAAGUAUCCAGCAGCAAGAAUACUGAAGCCAUGUCCUCUGCUUUGGGAGUGAGUUCUUCUCUGACUGGCAAAUCAGUUUCUGUAAGUGAUGCAUCUGCAAAUGUUGCUAUGCCUGCCAGUGCUCCUUUUGUACAGUCUGAAGUUUCACUCUCUCUUGGUGGAAGUGCAAAGGAUGUUGCUGGAAUAGAGCAGAAUCUUCUUCAUGAGCUGGAAGACAUGGGUUUUAAACACAAGGGAUUGAAUGCCGAAUUGCUCAGAAAGAAUAAUUAUGAUAUUCAGAAGACGCUUGAUGAUCUGUGCGGUGCAGCUGAGUGGGAUCCGAUUCUCGAGGAACUCCAAGAAAUGGGUUUUCAUGAUACAGAGAUGAACAAAAGAUUGUUGGUAAAGAAUGAAGGCAGUGUAAAGAGGGUUGUCCUUGAUCUCCUCUCAGCUGAAAAAGAUAUUUCAUCAAUUAAGUCACAUCUGUUGAAGAAGGCGAAGCAGAGUUAGUUCCACAGGGAUACAAUUGCUUCUGCAUUGUGGAUUGAAUAAAAAUAUAAUAGAAACAUGUUAAUUUGAUUUUACAAUGUAUUAUUGAACGUAUCUGUUACAACUUAUAGUUAUUUUGGAAUUUGCUGAUGUGUUGUGUGAGGGUUAUCACCUGUCCACAAGCACUGAUUAUGCUGUUACCUAUUAACUGUUUAAUGUAUUCUCAUCAAAUGA